AUGGCUCAUGGUAUAUCAGAUCCUGAUUGUCGAAAGGAGUACUUUGAUUCACGAAAAGAACUCAAUGCUCAUUUGGACCAGUUAGCUCAAUGGAUAAAAGAAAGCCAGCAUUUCAUUGUGUUUACAGGCGCCGGAAUAUCCACGUCAACUGGAAUUCCUGAUUUCCGCAGCGCAAUGGAUACUGUUUUGCCUACAGGACCAGGUGCAUGGGAAUUAAGAGAUAACAAAAAAUUUCGACCAAAUUCAGCUAAUGCCAUUGAUGAUAUGCAGAAGGCCAUACCAUCACCUUCUCAUAUGGCUCUUGUUGAAUUACAACGACGCGGGAUUUUGAAGUGUGUCAUUUCGCAAAAUUGUGAUGGUUUACAUCUACGUAGUGGUAUGAAUGUAGAACAUCUUGCUGAAUUGCAUGGCAAUAUGAAUUUGGAAAUAUGUCAGAAGUGUCAAGCGAGAUAUUUACGAGAUUUUGAUACAGAUAUGGAUCAUCCAAGACAUUAUACUGGUCGUCAGUGUAGCAAAACUGAUUGUCGUGGCCGAUUGAAAGAUUCACUCAUACAUUUUGGUGAAGAUCUACCAGCCGAUGAAUUAAAAAAGGCGUUCGAUCAUGCAGAAAAGGCAGAUGUGUGUCUUGUCCUCGGUAGUAGCUUAACAGUGACGCCGGCUAGCGAUGUGCCACGUCGUGUAGCAAAACGCAAGCAAAAGCUGAUCAUUGGCAAUCUUCAACGUACACCAUUAUAUACGCGAGCAACAUUAAAUAUACAUGCCUUUAGCGAUGUAAUUAUGAAAGGUGUAAUGAAACGAUUGGACAUACCGAUUCCACCGUAUAUCCUUCGACGACGUGUUCAUAUCACAUGUCAAAGUAAUAAUCAAACACAAAAGUCGACCGUUCUUAUCGAAGGUCGUGAUCCGGAUAAUUCAGAACUUCCAUUUUCACUCUUUCAAUCGAUUGAUAUGAGUAUUGGCAAGAAGAAAAAACACGUGUUAACCGAAGAACCGUUUACCUUCGAAAUAUCCGAUAAAAAUAUUCAAUCGAUCGCUAUCCAACUGCAUUUCUUCGGACAUUACAAUGAAAUUCCAUUUACACUUGAUUAUAUCAAUGUAAAAACUAUUCCACCAGAAGAACAGUUCUAUCUGUUCUACAAUCCAAUGAGUGGCAUCUGGCGAAAGACAAUUGACGAAACUGACUUACCUAUUUGA